AUGCAUUUAAAAAUUAUGUGCUUAAGUGAUGAGGUUCGGGAAAUGUAUAAGAAUCAUAAAACCCAUCAUGAGGGAGAUAGUGGAUUUGAUGUGUUUAUUAUAAAGGAUGAAAUAUUAAAACCUAAAACAACAACUUUUGUUAAACUUGGUAUAAAAGCAACAGCAUUGCAAUAUAAAUGUAAUUAUUAUUAUAAAUCUGAUAAAAAUGAUUCUAAUAAUAAAAAAACAAUAGAAAAUAAUAAAGAACCAGAAAUUGUAAAUACAAGUUUUUUAUUAUUUCCACGAAGUAGUAUAUCAAAAACACCAUUACGACUAGCCAAUUCUAUAGGAUUAAUAGAUGCUGGAUAUAGAGGUGAAAUUAUAUUAGCUCUUGAUAAUACAAGUGAUCAAGAAUAUACAAUUAAAAAAAAUGAUAAAUUAGCACAAAUUGUAUCUUUUACUGGUGAACCUUUAUCUUUUGAAUUAGUCACAGAAUUAGAUGAGACAUCAAGGGGAGAAGGUGGGUUUGGAUCAACAUCAAAUAAAUAA